GAGUGUGAGCUGGGUGGUUGCUGGGCUAUAAAAUCCCAUCCCCACCAGCGCUGGCAGGGGCUGUGCCGGCUCCCCGGGCUCUGCAGCGUUUCCACGUUGGCCGGGAGAGGUUCUGAAUUCUGAACAUGCGUGUUGCUCUCUGGAGGCUUUAAUCAAAUCCAGGCUUUACCAGAAAUCGCCUCGAAACUUCCAGCGAGCUGAGGAAACUGAAAGCAGCCGGAGCAAGGAGGCUCCCGGGUGUUUGGGGCUGGCAGGGAUGUUGCCUUCAGCGAGGGGAUAGUCCCGGUGAGGCAGGCGGGAUGAGAGCCUACCCAUGAGCUCAGACUUCCAGCAUUACAGUUUCAGGAUGCCUAACAUCGGGUUCCAGAACCUCCCUCUCAACAUAUACAUCGUGGUUUUCGGCACAGCCAUCUUCGUCUUCAUCCUCAGUUUGCUCUUCUGUUGCUACUUGAUCAGGCUCAGGCAUCAAGCACACAAAGAGCUUUAUGCCUACAAACAGGUCAUACUCAAGGAGAAGGUGAAGGAGCUGAACCUCCAUGAGAUCUGUGCCGUGUGCCUGGAGGAGUUCAAGCCCAAGGACGAGCUGGGGAUCUGUCCCUGCAAACAUGCCUUCCACAGGAAGUGCCUCAUCAAGUGGCUGGAGGUGCGGAAGGUGUGUCCCCUGUGUAACAUGCCGGUGCUGCAGCUGGCGCAGCUGCACGGGAAGCCGGACCCGGGCCCGCCGCAGGUGCCGCUGCCCGGCUCGCAGAACAUGGUAUAGUCCCUCCCUCCCGGGCCGGGCCCGGGCCGCGCCCGCCCGCGGCGCUCGGACACAGCCAAAGCACUUGGGCCGCAGCUGAGCGGCCCCGCAUCCUGCCGGGACGAGCCUGGGCUCGCGUCUCCGCCAGCGCCAGCGGGGCCUCGGCGUUCUCGGCACGACUCCUUCUUCCAGCACCUCCCUUCUCCAGCCCCGCGGCCGCCGGGAGCGGCGUGGUGGCACCGGCGACCUCCGGGAACAGCGCUGUGACCUCCGGGAACACCCGGCCUCCGGGAACACCCGGCCCCCCGGGAACACCCGGCCUCCGGGAACACCCGGCCUCCGGGAACACCCGACCCCCGGGAACACCCGACCCCCGGGAACACCCAGCCCGCGGGAACACCCAGCCUCCGGGAACACCCGGCCUCCGGGAACAGCGCUGUGACCCCCGG